AUGACAGUAUCAGGGCUGAUCAGGUCUGGCUCACUGAAUGCGAACGAUCGGCCGCUCUGGUACGACAUCUACGAGGCAUUUCCACCCCGGCUGGAGCCCCGUUUCGACCGGCCGAUCAAAGUGAAGCCUGUGCAGCCCAUUUUCUACCAGGAGGACUCUGUGCGGGCACGUUUCCAGCAGGAGUAUGGGUCGCCGGGUACGUUGCAGCUGCGCCGGUCGCCGGCCGCCCGACCGGCCUCCAUCUGCGACCAGUUCGUGGCGCAGUUCGAGGCGCUGCGGGGCGUGUCGCCGCAGCUCUCCGAGCAGGAGCUGUUCGAGGCGGCCGCCGACGCGCUGCGGGCCUCCGGAGUGACCCUGCGCCGCGCGGGCGCCGGCCCGGAGCCGCGGGCCGCCUCCGCCGAGGGCGAGACCGACCCAGCGCCCGCCGCCGCUACUGCUGCUGCGUCCGAGAAGGAGCUGCUCAGGGUUGCCGACCUCUUCGACGAGCAGAAACCAACAGAGAAAAGAUAA